GCUUUGAAUCGUUUCAUUCAUCGGUCGAUGCGCUGCUCUGAUGCGACAUUAACGAUCUGGUUGCGUCACGGCAUCCGUGUUCCGACGGUAUUAAAGGAAGAGAGGAGAAUCAGUCGGAUAAUUGUUGUUCGAGGCGAUUCUCGUUAUCAGAAUUGUCUACGAAUCUGGUGACUCGGCUUGGAUGUUGGUAUCUGUUGCUGCAAUGGCGAUUCGUUGACGGAGAGACAUGAUUGUUGUGUGUUGUUGCUCGUGUCGCAGUUCAGAUUUCAAUAUGCAUUUGUUGUCUUCGUGAGUUUUCUCCACUGGAGGCUUGGAGAGUAUCACCGAGAAGCCGCCAAGUCUAGCCUCGACGGUGGCAGUGGAAGUCGUUAGAUUUGGUUGCCAUUGCUUACUUUGGUUACAAUGUGCCAUCAAAGUUCUUGUGAACAUUUUUCUGAUGAAGAUGCAACUGCAGCAGAAGAGAGUCUCCUGGUGUAUUGCAAGCCUGUUGAGCUAUACAAUAUUCUACGCCGCCGUGCCAUACACAAUCCUUCUUUCCUCCGGAGAUGUUUGCGGUUCAAAAUACAAGCAAGGCGUAAGUGUAAUAAGAGGUUGAGGGCCGGAAUAGUCAUUUUCAACUAUAGGGACCGCAACAACGUGCAUCGAAAGAUUGAAGUAACUGAAGAUUUCUCUUGCCCGUUUUGCUUAAUGCAAUGUGCAAGCUUUAAGGGUCUAAGGGUGCAUUUAUGCUCAUCGCAUGACUUAUUCAACUUCGAGUUUUGGGUUUUUGAAGAGUAUCAGGCAGUGAACGUCUCUGUUAAAGUUGAUAUGCUGAGAUCCGAGGCUUUAACAGAAGAAACAGACCCUAGAUUGCGGACAUUCUUCUUCUGCCCAAAACCACGAAGGCGUAGGCCGAAAUAUCCUGCUCAAAAUAGGAAGCAUGUCCAAGUUGAGUUCUUGGAAUUUGAUCCAUCCCAAAUGGCCAGUGAGGGGAUGCAGAAAGGACUUCAGGAAGUUGAAAAUGCUAUGCAGAAUGGAGUGCGGGAAGCAGAAAAUUUCUAUCCCGAGUAUCCUAGUACAGCCGAGUGUUUAGAGCAUGUUGCAUCCAGCUUUAAUGCUUCAGGGACUUCAACUUCUAUGGCUCAAUCUUCUGUGGACCAUGAAUUCAUCAAAUCAUCAGCUGGAAGUGAUCCAGCUAUUCUGCAAAUUUCAAAAGCAAGGAGGAUUGUGGUGGAACGUUCAGAACCUAGAAACCGCGGGCAAUUGCUGAGUCGACAGUUCUAUCACUCUCACAGAGUUCAGCCUAUGGCAGUGGAGCAAGUGUUAUCGGAUCAGGACAGUGAGGAUGAAGUAGAUGAUGACAUUGCAGAUUUUGAGGAUCGAAGGAUGCUGGAUGAUUUUGUGGAUGUCACCAAGGACGAAAAACAUCUCAUGCAUCUCUGGAACUCAUUUGUCAGAAAACAGAAGGUUCUGGCAGAUGGUCAUGUCCCUUGGGCAUGCGAAGCGUUCUCAAAACUUCACAGCCAGGAGCUUGUCGUAUCUCCAGCUCUCUUUUGGUGCUGGAGAUUAUUUAUGAUAAAACUGUGGAAUCAUGGCCUUCUUGACGCAUCCACAAUGAACAACUGUAACGCGAUCCUCGAGAACUAUCGGAACGAGGGACCCGUUGUAAAGCGAAAGACUGAUCCUGCCAAUUAACUUAGCAUUCAACAAUUGACUAUAGGUAACCCAAAUUCAAUCAGCUGAUUUUAGUUUCAUUCUAGUGACCCGGCUAGGGAAGGAUCACAUGUUAUUCAUAUAGAACCGGAUUGGAAAUUGUGGUUAGCUUCUUGUAUUUGAAUGUUGAAAGCCUCAUGAAACGAGUCUAUAUAGCUGUCUCGAUUCUGCCUCUC